AUGGAUGGUCGAGGACUACCUGCUAAAUACCAGACACGUCGUAUUCAGACGAAACAUACCGUGUUUGAUCGUUUCAUUCCGUAUCGGCCAUGUUUAAAUGGAGACGCAUCAUAUGCCAAAAUUUUGGCCCAUCAAGACGGCACAGAUGCUAUCAGACAACCAGCUCAACAUCAAGAUCCUCGAUCACGAUACUACAGGAAAUUACUGGAUGCUGUUUUCAAGAAAAGUGACCAUCGGAUCCUAGCGAUUACACAACGGCCUCUGUCGGGAUACUCGAGUCCGAUGUCUCCAAAUCGGUCGUUCUUCAACGCCCCGAUGGAUGACUUGUUUGCCACGCCCUCUAUACGGAGAAGACGACAUGUACCGAAAUCUCCGAUCUGCGUCAUGGAUCUCCCUAAGUUACGAAAUAACUUUUUUACAAACAAUUUAGACUGGGGGAAAUCCAACAAAAUCGCAGUGGCCCUCAAUCUGACUACAUAUGUGUGGGAUGCCCAGUCCAAAUUGUGCCAGAAGAUCCAACUGACUACCUCCCGUCCGGAACAUGACUACAUCUCCUGCCUGGCCUGGGAUCCUGAUGGGACACAACUCGUUAUCGCUGACAACCUCGGCGAUAUUACGGUAUGUGACCCUGAAUGUUCGGUGAUUAACCAUCAGACACACCUGAAGGAACGGACAACAGUCAACAUUGUCCGCUGGACUGACCACGGCAUAUACAGUGGGGAUCGUCAUGGCACUGUAUACAAGCACGACCCUCGGGUGAGGACGGCCGUGGCUCGACUUGGGGGUCAUGACGUGAUGGUAUGUGGACUGUCCCAGGGGCCAGGGACACAUUACUUGGCCAGUGGAGGUGGUGAUGGACUUGUCUGUAUUUGGGAUGUUCGAUCGUCAAAAGUUUACAGAAAAAUUAAAGCUCACACGUUAUUGGCAAAGGCGUUGGCGUGGUGCCCUUGGCGGAAGAAUGUACUCGCUUCCGGUGGUGGGUGUGAUGACGGCAAUAUCCGGUUAUGGAACAUAAACACCGGAAAUAUGGUCGGGGAAAUUUUAACACAGUCACAGAUCUGUGGCAUGUUAUGGUCAGAAGAAUAUCACGAGCUCGUGUCUAGUCACGGACAAACCAAAGCCGAAGGGAACGAAACCAACGACCUCAUCCUAUGGGAAGAGAAGGAUUUCUAUUUUGAGCCUGUCGCCAAACUCCAACAGCACAUUGGACGUCCCUUACAUCUGGCCAUGAGCCCUGACAAAACACAUAUAGCUUCUGUUGGUGCGGAUGAACACAUAUGUCUAUGGCACUGUUUCCCGGCUUCUUCUAAGGAGGAACAUUCAUCUAUUAACGUCGUUUCCCCUGUUGCACUGGAUGGACAUAUCCGAUAA